CCGGCGGCCCGGCACGUGGGGCCUCCCUGAGCGCUCAGGGACCUGGGCUCCGCCAACGUCACCGAGUUCCGCUCUGAGCAUCCUUAUCCGAGGGGAAGCGCGAGUGCCACAGGUUGACACGGGAUUGCGUCCCUUCAGUAACUAUGAUUUAUCCUUCUUGUGAAAUCUGUGGUGCCUCCCUGAUGCACCUAGUGCAGAUAUAUUGCCCCCUUGAAGGCUCCCUAUUCCACCGUGUCAUCAAUGUCUUUGCUUGUGCCAUGAAAAGCUGCUGGGGAAAAUCAGAAAGCUGGAAAGUGUUACGCUCCCAGUAUUUGCAGAUGCAAGGAAAAGAAACACAAGAUUGCAAAUUAAAGCAGAAACAAGAAAAUUACUUUGCAGCAAAGGAUUGGUGUGAUGAAGCAGAUGACUGGGGAAUUUGUGGUGAAAAAGAAUAUCCUGUGCAAUCCACCAGUAAUCCACUUGGGUUAAACAUAGUGAGCAGUUCCUUGUCAUCCACAGACACAGAAUGUGCAUCCCAAUUUCAAGGUCUUAACCUGUCAGAAACUACAGAUAUCUCUGACUCCUUAUAUAUGCCGGUUCCAUGUGGAGAUGGCAUAGUAAUGCCUUCCUCUUGUCCCAGAUUCCAGUCCUACUACAUCAGUGUUAUGGAUGAGAGAGACUACACUGGCUACCUUGAUACAAAUCAUGCACACAAACUUUUAAAGGAAUAUCAGCAGAGGGAGGGCAUUCAUUUGGAACAGUUGAUGUCAGAAAGUUUUCUAAGUGAAGGUGAUAAUGAGAAGUAUGAAAAGAGUGACAUCAAAAACAGAGACCACGUGUUCCAUAAAUUUAUGAAGAAAAUUGCUGCCUGUCAGGAACAAAUCCUAAGAUAUUCCUGGGAUGGCCAGCCUUUAUUUAUAACAUGUCCUCCAUCCAGUAUGAAUAAAGUGGUUCCAGUCUGCCCCACCUGUGGCAGUAACAGAGUCUUUGAGUUUCAACUUAUGCCAGCACUAGUCACCAUGCUGAAGAGUGUUGAUGCAGAUCUAUCAGUGGAAUUUGGAACAGUUAUAAUUUACACAUGUCAGAGAAGCUGUUGGCCAGCGAACCAUCAGAAUCCUUUGGAGGAAUUUAUUUUUAUACAAGAAGAUCCAGAUCAGCAAUUAUUUAAAUAAAACAUGUAUUUUCUUGUACAAAUAAAAUUUUCUUGAGUAAGAUGAAGGUAUUUCUGCAGCAAAAUGUCACUUAGUGAAAACAUGGUGAUAUUUUGAAGUUGCGC